CUUCCACCGCGCGCCCUGAACGGCAACGGCAACGGCAACGCACCGUCCACAGCGCGACUGCUCUUCAAACGCAAAGUUAGCUUGUGUGACAUACACAAACCUCUACUGGGAAGAAGCUCUACAAUGAAGCAGAACCUCUACUAAUUCUUGCUUAUAGUCUGGAGCGUGACACUGGAUGGUUUUGGGUUUUUCCUCAGACCUCGGAGUUUUAAUAAACGGGAGAGAUACACUUCAUACUGUGAUAUCGGUGGUAAAGGAGGUUUGUCGUGGCACUAGUUCACCGUGAGUGGUUUGUCCAGCUCGUCGGCUCAUUUUUGGAAGCAUUUCAACUCACGGACUUCAUGAAGUAAGAAAGUACUUUUCGGUGGAGUGAACGGGGGCUUUAACGUUGAUAUCCACGCAUUGCUGGGCCACGUUCCGGUCCGGUCCAACGCAGAAUUCAAGUGCACGCAUCGGGGAAGCGGAUCGCGCCCGUUUACCACAAAACACCGAUUUUAAGUGAAGCUCACUAUACUAACAAAGAAGUCCAGACUUACGAGCUGACAACACGUUAAAGGAGCACGUAAUGUUUGAAUCGUUUGCGUUCGACGCCUCUAACCACCGGCGAUGCUUUUAUAGAUUGUCAAACUAACAUUUUAGUCUUGAAUAACACACUGGCAUUGUGCUGUUGCGAUAUCAAACCUGGCGCAUCCACGGAAUUACAGUUUAAAGUAAAAUCUGGACACAGUCCAUGUCGCGUGGAUUACCGUGAGAGAGAGAUACGCGUGGGAAGCGAGACACCUGAGUCGGAUACCUAGUAACUUUUUUCUCUCUCGAAGGCUCGAGAUUUCGCCGUCUGCACGCUCCUCGACACGGUCUUUUAACUAGUUUAGUAUUCCGUAAUGGACGCGAUAUCGCCAUACAAAGUUCACCAGGCUCGCAGUCAAAGCUCUUCUCGCUGGGGAUCCGCGGCUGGACUGUAGACGUUGGUUUUGGAUCAGCGCUGCUAUUUAUCAUCGCAAACGGGAUUUAUAAACGGAAACUACAAUGUCCGUUAUUCGGUGUUGGUUGGGAACUCUGCUGCUUUAUAUAAUCAUUUCAAUUGUUGCUGGUAAAGUUUCCCCUACCAGUUCUGAUGCCCUAUUCAGCAUCCCUGUCCCCAGUGCCACCUCCAGCCCACCAGAAAUUUACCUCCCUGCCAACUUCAAGCUCUCCAACACGCAGCUGGCCUUCUUUUUACAGGAGAACCGAAUUCCAACAUACGGAGGCCCACGCGGUCACCCUCUUCAGCGGUCAGAGAGCUUUGUGGUAUUUCAGACCAAGGAGCUACCUGCUAUUAACAUCUCCCUUGGUCCCUUCACCCAAGACCAGGCGGUGUCCAAGGACUUACUGCAGCCAUCAAGUCCAUUGGAAAUUCCCGGAAGGCUGACGGUCAAUUGGAAAGUCCGGGCCUUCAUUGUACAAUCUAGGGUUUUUGCGAGCAACCCUUUGGUUCAGGUACUGUUCUACAUCGCAGGGCGAGAUUGGGAUGACUUUAAGAUUCAGGACAAGCUUCCAUGUGUGAGGUUGCAUGCUUUCAGAGAUGUUCGGGAGAUCAAGACAUCCUGCAGACUUCAGGGGAAUCUGGCGCAGUGUUUGGCCCAACUGGAGCUCCCUUCGACGUGGUUUAAUGUUAACGUAGCACCUUUGGGUCGCCGCAAGUCCUCAGGGACAGAUGGGCUUGAGUUGAGCGGAGAAACCCUUCAAGUGGAGCUGUACUAUACCCUUCAUGAUCCAGACAGCAACGAUGAGUGUGGGGAGAGUUACCCUCGUCGAGGUGGGGCGUCAAGAGGGGAGGGCUCGUCCCAACAACCGCUUCUCCGUAUUGGGAGCAUCAGUUUAUAUCAGCCAAGCCAGGAACAACUGGUGGUGGACAAACAGCUUGACAAGAACCUCUUUCUGAGGUUGCCGGAGAGUCCGUUGAAGCCUGGAGAGACCCUUAACAUCUUCCUGUUCUUGGUCCCAAAUUCAACCGUGGAGCAGUUUACACUCAAGGUGAAAGCGAAGAAGGGAGUGAACCUUCUGAGCACCAAAUCCAAGAGUAACCAGUGGAAGGUGGAAUGGGACGUGCAGUCUGGAGCCAAACACUCCAUUGCCACAGUGGAAGUCAGCAAAAUCAACGGAGAGCCCGGGGACAUGGCUGCCAGCAUCGAAAUCAUGCAGCUGGACUUUGAGAUGGAGAACUUCACCAGCCAAUCGGUCACCAGAAGAAUCAACUGGAACAUCGAUUACCGGGGUCAAACUUCAGUCUCGGAUGCGGAGAAGGUGGUGACAGAACUGACGGUCGUGCAGAAGGACAUCCAAGCCAUCAUUCCACUUUCAAUGGACACUGAGAUCAUCAACACGGCGGUUCUUACUGGCCGCACUGUGGCCAUCCCGGUCAAAGUGGUUUCCAUAGAGAUGAACGGAGCGGUCACUGACGUCUCUUCCUUCGUGCAGUGCAAGUCGUUCAACGAAGAUAUCGUCAAGGUGUCCAUGAAUUGCGACUACGUGUUUGUGAACGGGAAAGAGACGCGCGGCUCCAUGAACGCCAGGGUGAUUUUCAUCUACGAGCACCUCAGCGCUCCUCUUGAGCUUACUGUGUGGGUACCUAAACUGCCGCUUAAAGUGGAGCUGUCGGACAACAAGCUGAGCUUCAUCAAGGGCUGGAGGGUUCCCAUCCUGCCGGAUCGCAGAACGGCCCGAGACAGUGACGACGAUGAUGAUGAUGACCGCAAAGUGAGCCGUGGGUGUACGUUACAGUACCAGAGGGCCCAGGUUAAAGUUCUGACCCAGUUCCACACUACAUCUACCGAGGGCACGAACCAGAUGAUCACUAUGCUGGGUCCUGACUGGCAGGUGGAUGUAACAGAGCUGGUCCAGGACUCUCUGAAGGUAGUGGAUGCCAGAGUGGCUGAGCUGGUGGAUCGAACGGUGCUGGUGGCUAAUGAGUUGGGAUCAUCCACUCUUAAGGUUGAAUCCCCGCUUGCAGUGGAGGCGGUGCUGGGCGAAACACAGUUCUCUGUGGUAGACGAGAAAGUGUCCAUACUGGAGCUACGCGUUCAUGCCAUCUCUGGACUGGCACUUAAUCUGCAGCCAAGCCCUGGCAACAGCCAUACCAUGGUUGCCAAGGCAACUGGUCUGCAGACACUCUCCACUCCUAAGCAGGAGGCCAGUUUGUCCAUCUGGAUCUACUACAGCGACAACACCGCUGCCCCCCUGAGCAUGUAUGAUCCUAAAGACUACAACCUCAAUGCCUCCACAGCAGAUGACAAGGUGGUUAGCGUAUCCCAACAACCCCAACAGCGGUGGCCGGUCAUUGUCGCAGAAGGCGAGGGCUCGGGAGACAUAGUGCACGUGGAGAUGACCAUCUGCGAAUCCUGCCAGAAGACUAAACGCAAGAGCGUCAUCGCAUCAUCUCCGGUGUUUGUAAAAGUCCGCUUCAGAACGGACGAAGACUCUGAGGAGGACAUGGAUCCAGAGACCGAAAUAGACACCAGAAUGCCCGCCAACACGAGAAGACCUGCCAUCGACCCCAAUGCGGGCGGUGAGGGAUACGAGCCGUCCAAUGAGCAGCCGGCGAGCGUGCCCAUCGAUUACACCAACUUUCCAACCACCAGCAAUCAAGAAGAACCGACGGAAGAAAGCGACGACGAAGACGACGAAUUCGUGCACAGUCCCCGAAGCAUGACGGAUCUGGAGAUCGGCAUGUACGCUCUCCUCGGCGUGUUUUGUCUGGCCAUACUGGUGUUUCUUAUAAACUGCAUCGUGUUUGUGCUGAAGUAUCGGCACAAGCGCAUCCCCCCUGAAGGACAAGCCAACAUGGACCAUUCUCACCACUGGGUGUUCCUCGGUAACGGGGAACCCUUGCGCGCUCAGAGCGACCUCUCGCCUCAGACGGUGGAGAGUCCCAGCAACACUUUGGAUGGGGUACAGACGUGUUGUCACGGGGACCACCACAGCAGCGGCAGCUCCCAGACCAGCGUGCAAAGCCAGGUCCACGGCCGAGGGGACGGCAGCUCCGGCGGUUCCACCAAAGAGCACGGGGAAGAUGCAAGCUCGCCCACGUCUAAACGCAAGCGUGUCAAGUUCACCACUUUUACCCAUCCCGCAGAGGACUUACCCUACAACUCCAUCCCCAUUGCCAAUGAGGAGGACAUACAGUGGGUAUGCCAAGACAUGGGCUUCCAAGACCCAGAGGAACUGCACGACUACAUGCGCAGGAUAAAGGAAAUAGCCUGAUCUGGCGAGGCACUUUCUAAAGACGCUCCUUUCUAUUUUUCUCUCUUACUUUUCACUCUAGAGAAGGUACCUUUCACGAGAACAAGCAACCGAGGCCUAGUGUUUCGUCUGGGUUUUCUGCACAGUGCCGUUUCCUCUACACCUUGCCACACAAAAAUUCAUAACACUGUCUGGAAAGCCAAAAACGAUUCUAGGGGAUUGGUAAAUCUCAAGCAAAUACGGCUUUAGCAGUCCGGCUGCUGCUCAGUAGAAGGUUGAGUUUACAAUCUUUCGGGGAAACGGAUUUUCGGUUUUGAGCACUGAUAUCAAGAUGGAUUCUUUAAGUACUCGAUCGUUCUUGUAGUGGGAUAUGUGGGUCACCCUGCUGUGGACAGGAUCUUUUCUCAGAGGAAUGCUUGGCGUCUUGGCACUGUGUCCAUUAUUCUUCUCCUCUUUUUUUUUUUUACAGAUUCUUCUCCGACAAAGCGGCCUUUGAAGUGCAGAUUCUAAUUUUAGCCCAGAUUUGUGAUCAAGACGGAUGAUUUUCAUGCCACUGUUGAUAACACUUGGCCACAGAAACCGUCAUGAACGUUUACGAGAACAUGACAUGGAUUCCUGUCACUGUUGGAAAAUGGUUUUAGUACCCCCGCCCCACCUCGCUCAUCCUUUAUCUCCAUUCAAUCCGUUCAUACUGUACGUCUUCAGGGUUUCAUUUUCAUUCUCUCCUUCUCGGUUAAGUCAAAAGCCUUAUUAAAGGGAUUUCAAUAGUCAAAACCUUUCUCUGUUCUGACACUGUUUGCUCACAUUGGUAUGCUAAAUAAAUGUGUGUUAGGAGAGGUGGAAAGCAGGAGCUUGUACAUUGUGGAGUUAGAUAUCUUCUCCAACAUUCCUCAGCAUGAAUGGAGGCACAAAUUUGGUUUCGUUUAUCUUAUUUUAGUUUGUAUUGUGAGAAUUAUCUAAUCAUACAUUAAUGAUAUUAGAGGACAUAUCAUGUUAUCAUGCAUUUCAUGCAUGUGCCAGACCUGCCCUUCUGUGCCCGACCUCCUGUGUACAUACUUACGUUUAGAACAUACCGACUGCUAUAACUCUCAGUUAGUGUGUGGAAUAAAGGAGGCAGGCGCUCAGAUUUAGGGACUCAGAUACUUGAAUUCUGGAAGGUUUCUGUCUUUUUAAUGACCUCACCAUGAAUUCCCACCCAAGUGGUAAUAGAGUAACGUAAGGACAAUAUGCUAUGCAAACACACUGGAGGGGUUUAUUAUUGUGGUUAAAUAAAUCGGCCCCCAAAUAUCGCUAUAGCACCACAGUUACGUUCAAUAAGAUUUAUUGCUAGAAUUAUUGCAAAACCAGUUGUAACACCUGACACAGUGUCAUUUGCUGGUUUUGGGAUUUUUGUAACUUUUUAAAUACAAUCAAAUUGGCUUUACGUUUCAACUUGCUAUUCUAGUUUUUUUGUUUUUUACAUUACGCCAACUCAUAAAAAUAAGUUGCAAUUAUUUUGUUAAGCAAUUAUAAGUUACAGCAACUCAUCAAUUCCAUUGUACUUAAAAUCCGAGCCGGCAAGAAAAAAAUGUUUGUGUGCUGUUUGUUUUGUUCAUUUAAUCUCACAAAAUUUGUUUAAGCGAGCAAAUCUUUGAAAUGUUUUUUAGCACAGUAGAUCAGUACAGCCCAGAUAUAAAAUAAGUGUUUACUAGUGUAGAAAUGGUUAAGCUGGUAACAGAUUUUUUGUUGUAGUUAGGGCACAAUUCAAUGUAAUUCUAUGUGUAUUGCUGCUAACCUGUCAGGGGUUAGUUUCAGGGUGACAGUCCCUCCAGUUUGUUCAGGACGUCUCAAUUAAAAUACCUAUUUUCCCACUGUGCUUAUUGUAACAUUCAUGAUUUCUCAUUUUGAAUCCCUGUAAGCAGGAGGGAACGGCUGUAUUUUGUUUCUUUGUUUUUUAAUACGAUUCAUUUGAUUAGCCUGGAACCCCAGUUUAUUUAAAAAGGGGCCCUUUGCACUCGAAUUGUAAGUCACAAUGAACUUGAUAAGAACACACCCUCAUUCCUAUGAUUUAUAACCCCCGUUCACCUCUUGUCAAGGGAUCCGAAUGUGAUGAUGUCUAAACGUGUCGGAAGAGUUUUGAUUGACAGCUGGAGCGCAGUUGGCAGAACUUUUAGUUUGACCCACAUUUCAGAUCCGGUGGUUCCGAACUGAAUGUAAACUGUUUCAACUGUACCUUGACGAUCAAAACGAGCAUCCAAUGUAUAAUUAAGGUUUUCAAACGGCUCAGUAAGACUACUAGCGGAUCUCUGGUAGCAGCUCGUUUCAUUUGAGAAAUUAUUUUCCUAUUCACGUCAUUUGUAAGUAUCAGGACAUUGGAGUCUCAUGUUGUUUUUAUACUUUCAUCAGAUGAUGUAUCUAUGUAUAUGAAACAGCAGUUGCAAUAUAUGUGCUUUUAUUUAUUUUUUUCGAAGAGGAGCUGCUACUAGGCUUUGGCCUUGACCACAUGCUGUGUUGUGGUGUAGAGAUUCGAGCUGUACUUUAUGACCUGCUGAAGCACGGUACUAUCAGCCAUGUGCUGCCACACCCUUAAUGUACAGAGCACUGUUACAACUCCCUGUAUCCUCCCCAUAAAAAACAACUGUUGUAUUUCCCUCCUUAUAUGUAAGUACUAAAGAAAAAAAUAC